UUCUGGCACAUCCUAGCCCUGAACUGCCUGAAAGGGCUAGGCAGCCCCUUUAUUCUUUCCUAAAAUGAAGGGAGGGUUGCAGGGAGAUUGACCUUUUAGUCACCCCGUCUCACUGGCGGGACUUACGGUAAAUCCUUAAAAUGCCCAGAAAGCGCCAUUCCAAGCUUCGGGCUCCCUUAGCAUUGCAGCCUGCAGCUCCUUUCUUCCCAACAAGUUCAGCUGCUGGAGAAAAUUUGUUUCCUUUGCUACAAUUGGAUGGGGUUUCUCAUGCAGCUUCUGGUGCAAGGCCUCCACCCUCACGUGGGAGACAUAGCCCUCCUAAAGGGCUUACUGCUGCCACAGCCAGCAUUGCCCCUACUCUGUGUGCCCAGGCUGGGCCUCAGCCCAAUGCUAAGGUGGUUCCAAAUCCUGAGGCUGCCCCUGUGGCCACAGUGUGGCAUCACAUGAGCUUUCCAAAGUUAUUUCCCUCUGAUCAGGGAAGUGGGGCACCAGGAGGUCAGAUCAAGCGGGUCCCCAGACCUCAGCUAGCAGUGGAGGAGCCAGAGUCAGUGUCAGAGGAUUCGGAGAGGAAUGCAGACAACCAACUGCCUUCUGCAGAGGAGGAAGCAGAGCCAGGGCCUUCUAAGAGGCCCACCACCAAGAGGAAGGUGGCAGUAUCGCCAGGUGAUGUUUGCAGAUUUAGAAACAAGUUGUAUCCUGUGCUGGAAUUGCCAAGUUAUACCACAGUUACUCUCACAGAGAACAGUGAUGAAGACUUUGAGGGACCCUCGAGGACUUCUUUGUCUGUUGAGACUGGAAACGUUGUGAAAAUGCUGGCAGAUUCUACCAAUUUUUCACCACUACUUAAACCCAGAUGUGGAGCCAGGGGCAGUACUAGGCCAUGCUCGUCUACAAAAGAAGACCACAUCCCCUUACAGCUCACACUUGGUCGGAAAGGGGCAAAAGUCUCAGAUCAGGAGGAGAGUUCAAGCCCCCUGGACGGAGAGGAAUGUCUUCCCCGGGACAUAGAUUGUGACAGCAGUGUCCCAGAUACUAGGGCUACCGGCUUCUUGGCAUCUCUUGCCAAUAAGUGGGUUCCAAGGGGGCUUGCACUGGAGUAUUUACUGACUCCAUUAAAUACUCUAAAGAAAUAUUCCUCUCAGAAUUUUAACCAGCAGGUGGAAAACUAUUUUAAGAGGGCAUAAGAGUCCUGAGAGACUCAGUGAAUCCAAACCUGUUAGAAAUGCAAACUACAGUUUGCAUGUUUACAACUUGUAACAAAACAGACUUCUGUUUUAUAGUAGAGCAAGACUGGUUCAGAGAACUUCAAGCCAGUAAAUAUCAAGUAUAAAACUGACUCUUGGACUGGCAAGCAGAUCUAGGAACAGGAAACAAUAGGCUUGCUGCAUUCUUGAGAGGUUGAACAUUCGUAGUACUAAUAUUUCAUUAAAAAUUGGAGAAAGGGUGUUUCAGUCUAAUUUGGGGUGACUAUAAUCCCUUUUGAAAGCCUAGAGAUGUACUAAGAUAGGACUCAUACAGAAAAAUAUGAGAAAAUGUGUCAUAGAAGCCAGUGGUUUCUAAUACCCACUACUUGUUGGAUAAGCUAAACUCAAAACCUGUUUACAUAUCAGUAAUUUUCUUUGCUGGCUGCUGAUUUUGGUUUUUGGAUCCAGAUUUCUAAGUUCUAUUCCCAAUGUUACAGAUAUUUGGCUAGCUCACAAUGAUGUCUUUAUAUAUGCAGUCACAGAUUGUUAUGUGCACAACAUGAGACAGCUAGAGCACCUUGUCUACUUAAUCCCCUCAACAGUAUUAAAAAGAGCUCCCAGACACCGGUAAAAACUGCAGUGCAAUUGAGAGUGUUCACGUUGCCUUUUUUUCAGAAUACUUUUUUCAAUUCUCUCAUCCUGUUUUUGCGACAUUGUGUGUGGUAGAAUGCAAAUCGAAAUGUGAAUGCCUCAGACUGGAACAUUUCCUUUACUUAGCCACUGGCAAACCAUUUUUUUUUAAAAGGAUUAAGAUUCCUGGAUUUUGGAUUCAGAUAUAGCCCAGCCUGAUCAUGUGAACACAAUUUCUGAAAACAAAUUCCUGGAGAGCUGGAUCUUCAGGAGACAGAUUAAUCAUCUUUUCUAUUCCUCUUGGUACUUGGAAAUGCCUCUUGUUGGCAUGAUGUCAGGCACUCUCUAGCCUAUUUUGGCUAUGUCCUCCUGGUGAAGCUAAAUAAAUGAACUAUUACCAGUGGAACAGAUUUUCAGUUUCCAAGAUAAUAUUAGAAAUAUUUAAAAGAAACAAGGUGGAGUUUGGAAAUAAAAAGGGGAGAAAAAACCCUUAGUCUUUUGAAGUAAAGUUUUGCUUAGUGCUGGAUUUCCCUCUGGCCCUAAAGCUAG